AAAAAUGGGAUAAUCCAGCCAAGGUCCUGAUAUCUGGAAACUCUGUUUCAGGACAUCAAUUUUCACAUUGAGAAUUUGCUACUGGGCACUUGAUAUUGGUAGGUAUUGCAUAAUGCUAUAUAUUAUAAAACUUUAUUUCUUGAACAAAAGAAUUGAGCAAAGCCUUUUUCUUCCUCUUCAGGAUCAUAUUUGGAAUUAUCUGGAGACUCUGAAGAAGGAGAGAGAGAAAAUUCUGGCCUACAAAGCAAAAACAGCAUGGGAAAACCAGGAUUUGCUUGAGAAAACCCAGAGAGAGAAGGAGAAGGCUAUGGCUGCAUUCAGGCUCAUGCACCAGUUUCUAGAAGAACAAGAGAGGAAUCUGCUGGCAAAAAUGAAAGAAGUGGAGAAGGAAAUUUCAGCCAAAGGGGAAGAACAUCUGGCCAGACUCUCCGAAGAACUCUCCUCUCUCUCGAAACUCAUCCAAGAGAUGGAGGAGAAGCAUCAGCAGCCAGCAAGUGAACUUCUCCAGGACAUCAGAAGCUUCUUACAGGGGUAGGUUACUCUCCCACAAAAGCUUGGACUUGCAUGUGAAGCACAUCCCUCUCCUCUUGCAGAAAUGGGUGUC